UGGGGGUAGGGCGGAAGGGGGAGGGGGAGGCGGAGGCGGAGGGGGAGGCGGAGGGGGAGGGGAGGGGGAAGCGGGAGGGGAAGGGGGGGCAGCGGCGGUUUAAGGGGGAUCUUGCAGGCGGGUUGUUGGUGCGGUGGCAUGGCGGCGCAGUGCCUUUUGAGUCGACUCAAAAGUCACCUCGGCGGUUUAAGGGGGAUCUUGCAGGCGGGUUGUUGGUGCGAUGGCAUGGCGGCGCAGUGCCUUUUGAGUCGACUCAAAAGUCACCUCGGCGGUUUAAGGGGGAUCUUGCAGGCGGGUUGUUGGUGCGAUGGCAUGGCGGCACAGUGCAGAGGCAACCCGAUGACUCGAGUGACGGUAGCGCGAGUGAUCAGCGCCGUGAUUCGCGCCGUGGUGGUGGCGGUGAUGGCGAUGCCGUUGCCACUGCCGCUGCUGUGGGUGCUGGUGCUGCUAACGGUGGUGCUGCUAGUGCUGGUGCUACUGGCCGUGGUGCUGCUAGCGGUGGUGCGAAUAACAGUGGCAGCAGCAGCGGGGAAGGGGAAGACAGGGACUGGUUCGCGAGGGAUUGGGGGAACAGCGGUAUGGUGCUAGAUGGGGCUGCGACCGAUGGGGAUGGUGGUGAUGGUGAUGCAAAUGGGAGUGUUGCUGCUGCUGCUGUGGAUGCUAGUACUGAUAACGGCGGGGAUGUCAGUAGAGAAGACAGGGAUUGGUUCACGAGGGAGUGGGGGAACAGCGGUAUGGAGCUAGAUGGUGCUGCGAUGGAUGGUGAUGGUGAUGGUGGUGAUGGUGGUGGUAGUGAUAGUGAUGGUGGUGGCAGUGUUGCAGUUGCUGCUGCUGUGGUUGAUAGUGCGAGUAACGGCGGUGGUAGCAGCAACAGGGAAGGGGAAGACAGGGACUGGUUUACGAGGGAGUGGGGGCACAGCGGGAUGGUGCUAGAUGGUGCUGCGAUCGAUGGGGAUAAAGCGGAUGGGGAUGGUGAUGGCAGUGCUGCUGUUGCUGCUGCUACGGAUGAUAGUGCUAGUAACGGUGGGGAUGACAAUAGGGAAGACAGGGACUGGUUUAUGAGGGAGUGGGGAAAGAGUGGCAUGGGUGGUGGUGGUGGUAGCAGCAGCGAGGGAGGGGAAGACAGGGACUGGUUUAUGAGGGAGUGGGGAAAUAGUGGCAUGGUGCAAAAGGCUGCUGCGAUUGAUGGGUAUGAUGAUGGUGGUGAUGGGAGGGAGGAUAAUCCCAUGGCUACAGUAGCAUCCGCGUUUGAAGCGGCUUCAAUUGAUGCCGAUGCUGCUACUGCUGAUGCUGAUUAUGAUGAUGAUUAUAGUGUCAGCAGUCAGGGCAGCAGUCGCGCAUUUAGCGAGGAAGGCAGGGAGGAGGAGGAUAAUCCCACAGUAGCAUCCGCGUUUGAAGCAGCAUCGGGUUUCGACUAUGGGAGUGACAGCAGCAGCAGCAGCAGCAGCAGCAGCAGCAGCAGCAGCAGCAGCAGCAGCAGCAGCAGCAGCAGCAGCAGUGGUGGUAGUAACGUGAGUGACAGCACCACCGGUGAUAAAAGCGAAGGCGCUAGAAUGGUGGCUAUGGCCGCGCGAGACAUUGUCGAGGCUCGCACCGAGCCCAGCCUAGGUGCGGGUCCGAACCUAGUGUGGCCUUUGGACGGCAGAGGAGGAGGUAGCCAGGGCAGCACUUAUGGCGACAGUGUCGAUGGUUCUGACGACUCUGCGACUUUGGAGUUGACUCAAAAGUCACCUCUGGACGGCAGAGGAGGAGGUAGCCAGGGCAGCACUUAUGGUGGCAGUGUCGAUGGUUCUGGUGACUCAGCGUUUGAUUUUGCACCUGGUGGUUCUGAUGCAGGGAGUGCUCCUGAUGGUGCUGAUGGUGCUGAUGGCAUGGCAUGGAGCAAUGAAAACGGAUUAGAGAAAAGCGAAAGAAGUGGAAAGAGUGAAAGACAGGCUGUUGGAUUCACACCGAUAUUUGGUCCGGCGUUUACGGAUGCAGAACUGGCAGCGCUGGCUGGAAGGGAUGUGGCAGGGGCUAUUGGCCACCCGGGGCUGACCCCUCAACCAUGGUCAACCGAGUCAACAGAGUCAGCCGAGUCAGCUGAGUCAACGGAUGAAGAGCUGGUGGCUAUGGCUGCAAGGGAUGUGGCAGGGGCUAUUGACCACCCGGGGUUGAUCCCUCAACCACGGUCAACUGAGUCAACCGAGUCAACUGAGUUCACGGGUUUCAAGGUGCCUCAAGAUGUCGGUGCUGGUGAUGCUUAUAACGAGGAUGGCUAUGGUGGAAAGGAUGGUGUUGCUGCUGCAGCUGCUGCUGCUGAUGAGGCUAAUGCAACAGGCUCGAGCGGAGGUGAAUAUAACGAGGAUGUGAUUAAGACAGAGAGUGGUGAUAACGAGGAUGUGACUAAACAGGACCGAGAUUAUAUGGCUGUUGCUGCUAAGGACCCCUCUGCCAAGCGCCCGAAAGGAAGCUGCACGAGCCUACGGGCCGUCUACUUGCUCAACAUCACCACUCCUGCCGACUUCAACCUCCGCUUACGAAUCCCCCCCAACGUCACUGUUGUUAUGUACCUCCAAAACAACCUGGUUCUCUCCUCGGGAUUGGUUUUCGGCGUGGGGUUUUCGUGCUCGCUACUCAUGUCGACGGUGGGGGUGUGGCCUGGGUAUACGAUAGAGUACCCUGGGAGCGAUAUGCCAGCUUUUAAGGUGGAGAAUGCGAGCAAUGUUGUGGCGGUGAAUGUGAACUGGAAGGUGGGAGUGGGGGCGGGGUCCACGGCGUGUGUGGGGUUUCAAGGGGCGGACAAGACGUCGGUGUGUCCUGCUGUUUCCAUUCACCGAUCGUACGGCGUGCAAGUGGGAGCGGGCACAGUCCACGGUCGAGUGGACGUGGUUCGGAGCAUGAACGUGCGAGUCGAUUCUCUCAAGAUCACAGCCCCAGCCCUCUCCUCCAUCGCCUCCCCCGCCCACAUCCGCGUCGCCCUCUCCGGCAUCGGCCCAUCCCUCCUCAAAUCCAACGUGCUUAUAACGAAUAACGAGGUGUACAACGCGCGGAUCGGCAUAGUCCUGCACCGGGGAGCGGUGGGGGUGGCGGUGGCGAGUAACUACGUGCACGGGUUCACAGGCGCGGGCAUCAUGUGCGGCGCCGGGCCGAGAUUCGUGGGGGACUGCAUGCUCGUUAACGUGUCAAAUAAUGUCGUGCAGGCGCCCUGGGGAGCCAUGCCUGGUGCUGGCAAGGCCAUUGGGAUUGUCUUUUCAACUCAUUGGAUCAACCCAGGCAACCAGGCAUCUUGCAACUACGUGGUGAACGGUGCGCUGUGCUAUGACCUGGACUCGCAGUCAUCGGGUGUGUUGGUGCACGGGGGUGCGUGCAUGUACGCAAAGCAAGGCGUCAGGAUCAACAACGGAAAGAUGAACAUUGUGAAGCAUGUGAUUGUGAGGGAAGUGCCUGGAAACACGGGUUCGAUCGCCUGCCCCACAGUCUCCACCGUUAACUGUCUCAAGAAGCCGGGGUCCUAUUGGGAGGCGAUGCGGCUCAAAUACUACAACUCUGCUGCUAUAAACACUGCAUACCCCUAUCUGCAGCAGAUUUGCACCCAGACCGAAGUGAACGGCGGCAUGAUUUGCAACCCAGACUUUGGCCUUAACGCUACAACCUCGGGCAACUGUAGCGGGCUGCCCACGGAGAAUAAUAUCGACCUGUUCAAGGAAACGCGAAAUUUCCUGAUCUACUCACUAGUCGUCGCAGCAUACAGCCACGCGGCUUACAGGCACGCUGCAGACGGCACGAGGAGACGUUUUUCUUAUUUCGCCAUGGCGACACGCCGUGCGCAGCUGCGUGUGGUUCCUCUGCUGCUGCUCGUCUGUCUCUCCGUCGCUCUCCCGCUCUCUCCCGCCCUCGCCUUCACGCCCUCAGACGUAGCGAACUACCGCGGACUCUUCUGGCGCUUUCUGGACCAAUGGCCGUCAUCAACACGUCCACGUCAGGACGCUGCUGACCUGGACUCCGCCGUCGCGCACGACGCGGCAGUCCCGUCGCUGUCGUCGGCUUCUCUGUUCGCGGCAGGCAAUGAGACCUGGGAGUCGCAAGCGGAGUCGCAGGCGCAAGCGCAGGCGCAGGUGGAGUCGCAAGGGGAGUCGCCUGGUAAACACGAGGCAGCGGAGGGAGUUGUCUCAAACCGUGCCUCCGUCGCUGUCGGAGUGAGCGCUUCGAGAAAACGGCUGGCACACGUGGCGCGCGAGGAUAUUCAGAUGGGGCGCAGGCGAAUGGCUGACGCCUUUUUGGAUGGCCCGUGCUCCGACUACGCAGCAGCUACUGUUAUCCCCAUAACCACUGCAGCGGAUUUCAGCAAGCGAACGAAGUUCAGCUCCGUUACAACGGUCAUCCUGGAGCUGCAGAAGAACCUCGUUAUAAGCAAGGGGAUCCUUGGCCACGGGCCUACACUCGGCAAAUCCUUCAUCGCUAUAACGAACAACGAAGUUUACGGCGUGCACACGCCAAUCGUUAUUCAUCGCGGAACCAUCGGCGCGAUCGUGCGGAACAAUUACGUACACGACUUUCUCUUCGCGGGAAUUCGCUGCGGCUCCGACGUGCACUUCUCCGCGGAUUGCAUGCUCACGCAGAUCGAUCGCAACCACGUCGUCGCUGCGGGGCGAAACAGAUCCGGCGACCAGGACGCUGCGGGGAUUUACUACUGCGUGCACUGGUUCAGCCCAGACAACACAGCAGAGUGCAAUUACAUUUUCAACGGAGACCAGUGCUACUACCUCGAUUUUGUCACGUCGGGUGUGACUAUCAAGGGGGGUGCAUGCAUCAACACAUACGACGGGAUCAAGGUCAACAAUGGAAAGUGGAAUUCUAUUGAGAGUGUGAUUAUAAAGAAGGUGCCGGGGUCGCCAGGUUGGAGCACGUGUUUCACCCCAACUGUGCUCAACUGCAACAAGAACCCCGGCACGUAUUGGGAGCUCAUGCGGAAACAGUACUACGACACGCCAGUUUUCCGAGAGAAAUACCCUUUCUGGCCUGACGUUUGCGGGCAGAAGACCGUCGAUGGCAAGGCAUGCAACACCAAACAAAAAGGGACACUUUCCGCUGAGAAAACAGGGGCAUGUAGCGGCCUCCCUACAGAGAAUUACCUCAAUUUGGUCCUGGUGGAGACUGAAGGGAGAGAUCUUGGUUACAAGUACUGCGAAAACUUGCCUACUGUCGAGGCAGGCCCGUUGAAUGAUCAGAGGAAGGUGAAUCUCACCGACAUUUCCGGGGCAAGGUUUGUGGAUUACGCGAAUGAUGACCUGGGAGUGAAUGCAGGCUCGUCUCUCUUCACCAGCAUCAAUGGUUUCAAGAGCUGCCCGAGAAAAGAUGUGGGGCCUCGGCGGAUCGACGACGGGUUUUACUAUUUAAAUUUCAACCGCCCGGAGCCGGAUCUGUACAAGCUGGUGGUGAGUAUGGGUACUAAACACGUGCAUGAUCCUGCUAUUGUGAAGCUGAGUAAGCUGACCAAGAAAGGGAAAUAG